CCAAUCCCAAGAUAAGUGAUGAGCGUGGAAAUCGUGAUCCAUAGCCGAAAUGCUGUCCGAACCUCGGACUCGGACGAGACAAGAAGCAUGCCAUUUUCUUUUGAGCUUCGAACUGCAUAAGCGUUCAUCUCAGUAGCCUGAACCGCUCAGCAAAUGCUUACGAUUCGGUCUCUCGCAGCCUCGGCGCUUGCCUGCGCUCUCCUGUCUGUCAACCCCUCGCAGGUGGCUGCCGACUACACGGUGAAAGCAGAUGCCGCCACGACGGUGCAGGGCACGUGGGACGGUUGGGGCACAUCGCUUUGCUGGUGGGCCAACGUCUUUGGAGACCGCGCGGAUAUCGCUGACGCUCUGUUCACCCUGAACGAGACUGUGACCGUGGAAGGUGCUGGAGACAUCCCGGGUCUGGGCUUUAACAUUGCGCGCUACAACAUUGGUGGUUCGAGCAGCAACGUCGUCGAUGACAGCGGCACUGAGGUUGCGAUGAAGACUUCGGAGAACAUGCCAGCGUUCAAGUUCAUGGAGAGCUUCUGGUUGGACUGGAUGAGCAAGGACCCAGCGUCUACAAGCUGGAACUGGAAGGCUGACGCCAAGCAGCGUGCGAUGCUGACGCUUGCCAAUCAACGUGGAGCCAAUCAACUGGAAGCCUUUUCGAACUCGCCUCCCUGGUGGAUGACCAACAACCGCGCAACUGCAGGCGGCGACAAUGGAAAGAAGGACAAUCUGCAGGACUGGAACCACGACGAGUUUGUAUUGUAUUUGGCCACUGUGGUGAGCAAGGCCAAGUCGGACUGGGGCAUCAAGUUCACAUUCGUUGAGCCGUUCAACGAGCCUUCGGAGACCUGGUGGGAGUUCCCGGGCAAGCAGGAAGGAUGCCACUUCUCGGUGGAUACCCAGCAGACCAUUCUACCUCUUCUACGUAAGCAACUCGACGCUCUUGAGCUUCAGGAUGUAGCGAUCGCUACGUCUGACGAGAACUCGGCUACCGAGGCGUUGCAUACAUUGGAGUCUAUGUCUAGUAACGCCGACGUUAUGGGAUCAUUUGAAAAAGUUAACACGCACGGCUACCAGGGUCUAGAGGCGUACCGUGGUCCUGACCGUGGAGGACUAAAGGAUCUCACCAACAAGUUGACCAAGAGCCUAUGGGACUCCGAGUACGGCGAGAAGGACGCUACAGGACUCACCAUGGCCGAGUCUAUCGGUCUCGACAUUAAUGAGAUGGGCGUGGCGGGCUUCGUGUACUGGCAGGCGCUGGACAGUGGCGGCUGGGGCCUCAUCCAGUCCAACCCGGGCGACAAAUGGAUCGGUACGCCCAACCCCAAGUACUACGUGAUGGCGCAGUACUCGCGUCACAUCCGUUCGGGCAUGCAGAUCCUCGCCUCGGAUGACGCCAAGACUGUGCUGGGUUACGACUCGGCGAAGAAGCUGCUGGUGGUCGUCACCGUGAACAUGGGCGACGCUCAGACGGUCACGUUCGACCUGGCGAGCUUCGCAGCCGUGGCGGGUCCCAUCAACGCGUGGACUACCGAGACCAGCGGCAAGGGAGCGCUCUACAAGGCCAGCACCGUGAAACCCUCGGGCAAGUCGUUCAGCGCUGCGUUCCCUGCCGGGUCGGUCAUGACCUUCGAGAUCGAGGGAGUCACGCUCGCUGCGUAAACCUUCACGUUGACGUUUCUUAUUGUCCUAGUUUAUCCUGAUAACCAUUAAACUAGGUAAAUGUUGUUGUUGGUCCUAAAUUAACCACAACGUUCGUUCCCAACGUUGAAGUUAAACUGGC